AUGGGGGAACGGGGGGCCCCCAGGGGGCUCAGGGGCCCCCAGUAUCCUGCUGCAGCAGAAGCAGCAGAAGCUGUUCCCCCCAGUGAAGCAGCAGAAGACCCAUCAUUUAUAUCUUCUUCUUCAUCAGCUACAUCUGCAGCAGCAGCAGGAGCAGCAGCAGCAGCAGCAGGAGCAGCAGCAGCAGCAGCAGAAAUUACAGCGACAAAUGCUAGUGCAGCUGCAGCAAAUGCAGCAGCAGCAGCAAUCGCAGCAGCAGCAGCAGACGUUACGCCUAUACCCCUAAAGGUAGUCGGGGCGAGAGUGGGGUUGUGGGUGUUGGUGGGGGGGCAGCCGCUGCUGCUGGGUUUAGAUAGCUGCAAGGAGGGCCUGCGUCUGUUUGCUUCGAGUUCUGCUGCAUGCACGUCAGGGAGACCUGCUGCUGCUGCUGCUGCUGCUGCUGCGCUGCAGCAGCAGCAGCAGCAGCAGAAAAACAAAAGGAAACAGCAACUGCAGCAACCGCAGAACCGUGAUGCAGAACAUGGGGGAUCUCAACACAUGCAAAACGCAUCGGAGCAACAGCAACAGCAGCAACAAGAGCAGCAGCAGCAGCAACACGAGCAGCAGCUGCAGCAGCAGCAGCAUGAGCAGCAGGGCGCGACCGAACCACAGCAGGAUCAGGAACAGCAGCAGCAUGAGGAGAAGGGGGAGAAGCCAGACAAGCAUAAACACCAGAAGCAACAGCAGCAACAGCAGCAGCAGCAGCAGCAGCAGCAGCAGCAGCAGCAGCAGUGCUAUGACCCUGAUGCCUCAGCAGCAAGCGCCUGGUGUCUCAACUGGCACGAGAUGUGCACAGCCUUUAAAAGGAAACAGCAACUGCAGCAACCACAGAACCGUGAUGCAGAACAUGGGGGAUCUCAACACAUACAAAACCCAUCGGAGCAACAGCAACAGCAGCAACACGAGCAGCAGCAGCAGCAACACGAGCAGCAGCAGCAGCAGCAGCAGCAGCAUGAGCAGCAGGGCGCGACCGAACCACAGCAGGAUCAGGAACAGCAGCAGCAUGAGGACAAGGGGGAGAAGCCGGACAAGCAUAAACACCCGAAGCAACAGCAACAGCAGCAGCAGCAGCAGCAGCAGCAGCAGCAGCAGCAGCAGCAAUGCUAUGACCCUGAUGCCUCAGCAGCAAGCGCCUGGUGUCUCAACUGGCACGAGAUGUGCACAGCCUUCUCGGAGGCCCCCUUCACAUGCAAACCCUCCAAACAACACGACCCGCAAUAUGCCGCCAAGUAA